UCAUGAUCCCGCCCUUUAUGGUGUCUCACAGAUAUUCCUCCGUCCGUGUCCCACUUUCGUUCCACACCGGGUUGUGAUUCCUCAGCUAACCGAGUGCUGCCACCAUGACCGCCCGCGUUCUAGUCGGUGUAAAGCGGGUUAUUGACUACGCCGUAAAGAUUCGAGUUAAGCCUGACAAAACCGGCGUGGUGACGGAUGGCGUGAAGCACUCGAUGAACCCUUUCUGUGAGAUUGCGGUAGAGGAGGCUGUCAGGAUGAAGGAGAAGAAGCUGGUGAAGGAGAUUGUGGCUGUGAGCUGUGGACCUCAGCAAGUGCAGGAGACCAUCCGCACAGCACUGGCUAUGGGGGCAGACCGCGGCAUUCACGUUGAGGUUUACGGAAAGGACUACGAGUCUCUCGGGCCUCUGCAGGUAUCCAAGAUCCUCGCCGCUUUGGCCAAGAAAGAAGAGGCUUCUCUCAUCAUCCUCGGGAAACAGGCCAUUGACGAUGACUGUAAUCAGACGGGUCAGAUGACAGCCGCUCUGUUGGACUGGCCCCAGGGGACCUUCGCCUCCGAGGUGGCGUUCGAUGGAGAUAAGCUGAAAGUGGUGCGCGAGGUCGACGGAGGACUGGAGACCAUUAAAAUCAACAUGCCUGCGGUGGUGACCGCCGACCUUCGCCUCAACACUCCCCGAUACGCCACGCUGCCGAACAUCAUGAAAGCCAAGAAAAAGAAGAUCGAGAACAUGAAGCCGGGAGACCUGGGAGUGGACGUGAGCUCUCGGUUGGAGGUGGUGCGGGUGGACGAGCCUCCACAGAGGCAGGCUGGAAUGAAAGUGGAGUCGGUGGAGGAGCUGGUGAGCAAACUAAAGGAGGCAGGAAGGAUAUAAAGGCAGAGGGAGCAGACGGAGCUGUGCUCAUAGUCAACGAGGUUUUUUCCCCCUCUUUCUUUUCCCGAGUCUCCACAAACCCCACUCUCAACCUCCGUGGACGUUCCUGCCAUAUCUCAACCCUCUCACCGAUCCUCCGACCAGCCGGCUGUAGCAGCGUCUGCUUCCUUCUGAACACUGAAUCCAUCAUUAUUUCUAAUCCUGGUCCAAAUAACCAUUACAUCGGUCUUUGUAGCAAUUUCUCUGCUGUAUCACACCCAGUUUCGCUGCACGAUCCAGCGUAGAUUAACGCUGAGAGAUAUUUUCUCAUGUUUGAGAAACUGAUUACUGAUCUAUGAACAGUUUUUUUGCUUUCGAAGCUGUGUUUAGUUAACUUAUUUGCUAUUCAUAUCGGAAAACUUCCUAGAUUAGCACUAAGAUUUAAGCGUACGGAUCUCAUUAACUUGUCCGUCCUGCGUCAGUUUCUGUUUGAAAGAUCGGAAUAUUCAUAUGACCUCUUUGUUUUUGUGUCUGUCGCCCUAAAUUCUUUAUAAUUAAAGGGCAUUUCUAAUUAACACCACACACAAUCUCUUCUUAAAUGUAGAUAAAUCACACACAUUUUCAGCUUGUAUAGUUUGGAAGUCAUAUACUGCAGAGUGUCUCUCAGCUUGGACCAGACCUCUAGAAACAAGCUGUUUUUAUCACGUAUGCCUCUGGUUUUGAGUUUUGAUUGUACAGUAUCUAACUGUGGGAAAUAAAAUCUCUGUCCUUUUCA